AUGAUAGAACAAGUGGCUGGGAAUUUCGAUACUAAAGCACCCCAUCUGGCUAGCCUUCUACAGAAGGUAACUGACUUGCGAUCACAUUUUCACCAGUUUGAACUCAUACAAGUACCUAGGGAACAAAAUCAGAAGGCCGAUGCCCUUGCCAAAUUAGCCUCUGCAGGAGGUUUCACACGCCAAUCCUCCAUAUCUAUAAGCCGAUCAAGCAAAGACAUGGAAGUCUACUCAACCUCAUCAGAACCUGAGUGCUGGAUGGAUCCAAUCAUUCGGUACUUGUCCACCUCUGAACUUCCACCUAAUCCAAAUGAUGCAAAGCUUCUGCGCUUUCGGACACAACGCUAUUCCAUAAUCCAUGGAAUGCUAUACCGCAAGUCCUUCAACGACCCCUACCUACGAUGUUUGCGUCCAUCAGAAGCUAAAAAAUUACUCGAAGAGAUACAUGAGAGGACAUGCGGAAAUCACACAGGGGGAGGGAGUCUGGCACUUACAGCAGGGUAUUACUGGCCAUACAUGAUGACAGAAGCACGUGACUAUGCCAAAAAUGUGACAAGUGCCAACGAUUUGCACCCACAAUCCAUCAACUUGCUCAAACUUUUCACUCCAUCGUUGCACCUUGGCCUUUCGCAAAAUGGGGUAUGGAUGUGGUGGGCGAACUACCUAAGGCUGCUGGAGGAAGACGAAGCAUACGUCACAGUCAGCAAAACAGACAUUAUGACCUUCAUUUGGAAGCAUAUCAUAUGUCAAUUUGGUAUACCAUGGGAGAUAGUCGCGGACAAUGGAACCCCAUUCCAAAACGCGAGGGUACAAGAACUAUGUGACACAUACAAGAUCAAGCUGAGCUUUGCCUCUGUCACUUACCCACAAGGCAACGGUCAAGCAGAAGCUUCCAACAAAGUUAUUUUUGCCAACAUUAAGAAGAACCUAGAAUAUAAAAAAGGAGCAUGGGCAGAAGAACUACCAAAAGUGUUAUGGGCAUAUAGGACAACAAAAAGAUCCUCUACGGGUGAAUCUCCCUACGCUAUGGUAUAUGGAACGGAGGCUAUCAUCCCAACAGAAGUGGGCCUGCCUACACUUCGAACAGAGAUCGCAUCUAAUCAAACAACAAACAACGUUCAACUACUGCACAACCUAGACCUUCUGGAAGAAGUACGUACGGUAGCACAAUUACGACUAGAAAAUUAUCAAAAGGCUGCAAAACGCUACUAG